AUGAAGAGCGCGAUCACUUACUUGCCAGCACGUUUUCGGGCUAUCAGAGACAAAAAACAAAUAGAGCAUGUGCAUUCGGUGUCCUUAAAACUUAAAGUGCUGCGUUCGAAGCGAGUAGCUCAAUACUUUCAUGCUAAAGCAGGCAAGCGAGCGCUCGUCUCAGUUCUUGGCAAUGCAGUUUCGCCAAUUUUGCACUCAUUGCGCCAGGUCGGAACGGACAUCAGGAAAAAAAUGGCAACUUUAUUCGCAUAUCCGCUGAAAUGGACCCAGAAGCUGUUGAGACUGAUUAGCAAAAAGCGUGCACCGACUACGCUGCAGAAACAGCAAGAGCGACCGUGUGAGCUGCUUGCCGAAUCGAAAGAGAGUGACUGUCGACAGCAACGACGUCGCAUGUACAAGUCUGUGACUCGAGGACUCGUUAGGCUGGGGCGAUCGGCUAUUGCUCUCGCGCAAAAACAACGACGAACGGAAUAUGCGGCGUACUUAGCGCAAGAAACCGUCAAGAUCAUUAUGAAAGCAGGAGCAGAAAAGAUUGCUGCCACCCGCAAACAUGAACGUGUAGCAAAUCACGCUAUUGUGCUUCAAAGAUUAUGGAGACGAAAGAAAAACACUGAGCAAGUAGUUAGCAUUUUGAGAGCACGAUUAGCAACCUACUUCAAAAAGUUGCAACUUGAUUCUGCUUAUGCGAUCAGACAAAAGCGGCUUGCGAUGCUGAAUGAAAUCAGCGUCGGCAUAACGAAUUUUUGUAUUUAUCACGCACUGCAACGUUUAGCCGCACGUCUGAUUCAACGAGUGUGGCGUGGUUAUUGUACCCGAAAGCAGCUACAUCGGUCGCUAACGCUAAAAACGUGGAAACAGAAGAAGGCGAACCGUUUACGGCAAACUGAACGUCUUCGUGGCGCUCGCGAUGCAUUGCUUAAGCCCUCAGAACGAGAUCGAAUGCGCCGGGUACAGUUGGAAAGACGAGUGCAAGCACGUUCGAAAGAGUUUUCGCCUAAACGAGACCUGUAUUCUCAACGACAUGGCGAGCGGGCUCAUUUCUUGCAACCAUUGCCUGUACAGUCGAGGCCACGCACGUCGGUGCAGCGUGUCCCUUUCAGUCGUUUUGAAAAAAUAGUGGCGCAAGGUGCUCAUGUGAAUCUGGGUAAUGUUUUGGUCGCAAUUCCAGUCGGGCAUGAGGAAGUAUCAGGACAAGUGAGACCAGGAAGGUUAAGUCCAUUGCUUGUAGGGAAAGGGUGUAGACAAUUGAAAGGUACGAUACACACAACAUACGACUGGGUACCAGCUCGUUUGCUGCAGAGAGAAGAUGAACGAAAGACGAAUGAAUUACGCUGUCGUCAUCGCUGUCAACGAGGAUCCAUGAACACUUUUAAUCACGAUAUUAAAGAUUAA